CGUACACACACACACACAAACACACAGCAACUCUCCACAGGAAAAGCUAGAGACAGAAUGCGCAGCCCCUUCACAGCAGCUCUGGUGCGUCGCGGUGUCCAAAUGGGAUCCUGCUACACUUUGAUAGUUGGUUAAUUACUCAUAUGAUACCACACAGAUGUCUGGGGGGCUCUAGCCGAAUAUUCGUCUCACUAACUCACUGACUGACUGACGGGAUCCUGGGGAAGGCAGACAUUUAAGGAGCGCUGUGCUAAAUAGCCGUAAUCAGGCUCUUAUCACCUCAUCUGGAAAUCAAAGUUCAAACUGCGUUCUGCAAUGGGCAUUACGACGCUACAAUUGGUUUUGCUAAUGGCCGUCCUGGCCACUGUUGGAAUAUGUCACAUUAAUGGGACAGAGGAAGUCCUUCAAAACUUUACUACCUCCAAAAUCAAUGUGCAUAAAGGUCUCCAGCCCGCAAACAGAAAAGCCCUGCUGGAUAACAAUACCAGACUGAAGGGGCCUCCAGCCUGCAAGGACCCCACUUUCAUCAAGCACUAUUUUAAGUAUAUUAACACAAUUAUUUCCUGUGCUGUGUUUGUGGUGGGAAUGGUGGGUAAUGCCACCUUGCUGAGGAUUAUUUACCAAAACAAGUGUAUGAGGAAUGGACCCAACGCCCUCAUUGCCAGCCUGGCUCUUGGAGACCUCAUCUACAUCACCAUAGACAUCCCUAUCAACGUCUACAAGCUACUUCUCACCAAAUGGCCAUUUGAUGAAAGCCCUUUUGGACUCUUCCUGUGUAAACUGGUGCCUUUCCUCCAGAAAGCAUCUGUUGGGAUUACAGUACUCAAUCUGUGUGCUUUGAGUGUGGACAGGUACAGGGCUGUAGCGUCCUGGAGCAGAGUGCAGGGGGUCGGCAUUCCCCUCUUCACUGCCAUUGAGAUCUUCUCCAUCUGGGUCAUGUCCAUCAUCUUGGCUGUGCCGGAGGCAGUGGUUUUCAACAUGGUCACCUUUAACUACAAUAACCAAACCUACCGCACUUGCAUGCUCAAGCCUGAAACUGACUCCAUGAGGUUCUAUGUAAAUUGGAAAGACUGGUGGUUAUUUGGCUUUUACUUCUGUGUGCCACUGGCCUGCACAGCAAUUUUCUACACCCUCAUGACUUGUGAAAUGCUCUACCACAGAAAUGGAAGCCUUCGGAUAGCUCUCAGCGAACACCUUAAACAGCGGCGUGAAGUGGCUAAAGCAGUCUUCUGUUUAGUGCUGAUCUUUGCUCUUUGCUGGUUCCCUCUUCAUCUCAGCAGACUGUUGAAGAAAACAGUUUAUGCUCCAAAUGAUGAAAGUCGUUGUGACCUACUAAACUUCCUGUUGAUCAUGGAUUAUUUUGGCAUUAACUUGGCCACUGUGAACUCCUGCAUCAACCCCAUCAUCCUCUAUUUUGUGAGCAAGAAGUUCAAGAAUUGCUUUAAGUCAUGCUUGUGCUGUUGGUGUUAUACCAAGAACCAGGUGUCCAGCUCAGGCCCAAUGAAUGGCACUAGCAUUCAAUGCAAAAACCAUGAGCCUGGCAACCUCAAUACCGACAGAAGCCUCCGCAAAUACAGCGACUGAGAGGUGAAGGACUCACUCCAGUUAGCCUACAUGCUUAAAACGCAUUAUAGAAGCGGACAUCACCCAGUGUCAAACUUUGAGGUGGAAAACAUUAUAACUAUUCAUAUGAAACUAAAGUUCCUGUGCUCUGCGCAGUAUCAGGCUGUUUUUAUAUAUAGCAUCAGACCAGACAAUGGACCUGAUAUAUUAGUCCUACAGCAGCUGUUCCCAGACUUUCAGAGGGUUGUUUUGAAGUAAGCUGUGUGAGAAGAGGUGGGAGUGAAGACCAACAGCAACAGGAUGCAGCUGAACCUAACAGCUACAAAUAAACCCUCAUCAGGAGCUGGACAUGUUUUCCUUAUGUAAAUGCUAAACUAUGAACAUGCUCUGGAUCGUCACUGUCCGACGUGAAAGGAAGUUAACGAAAGGAAGAGUGAAGUGGUCAGUCUGUGUUUUCUGUGUUCCUACCUACGAGCUUUGCCAAAGAAACUCCCAGCAUGUCUUUAUUUAGAUGUUAAGUGAAUCAUAAUGUGCGCUGGACGACACCUCUGUUUAUUUAGUGGGGUAGGAAGAUAACGAAGAUAUGCUUUUGUGUUUGAAUGCCAAAUUAAUUUUAUUGUGUAUAUGCUUAAGAUGAAAAUGUAAGCUCAGAAUUAAAAUAAAAAUCAAAACAUGAACAUAAGACAGCAACUGUGAAAUGAACCAGCUGGAUUCAGUUCCAGCAAGAAGGAGGCAAAUGAAACUUUGACCUUGCUGGGAUUUAAGAGUAAUUUCUAGGAAUGCAUCCAACUGCAACAAAUGCAGUGUUAUAGGUUAAAGAAAGGGAAAAAAAGAGCAUAAGGGCACGGGAAAAGCGGCCUUUCUAUAAUCAAAACAAAAACGCCCAAGAGAUACAAACAUAUCUUUGCCUUUUUUUGUUUGACACUGUGAAUUUUCUGUGAAGAGAACUCAUACAUGUUAUUUACCUUGCAUACAUUAAUAGUAUUAAUAUUUAAUAGCCUCAGUAUUUGUAUAUCAUCUGUAUUUUAAGUUGAAAUAUUUCUUGUUGUAGGUUGUAGGAAAAAAGUUUGGGGUCAGUAAGAAUUUUAAUUUUAAUUAGUUUUUUUCAAUGUUUUUCUUCAGGAAAUAAAGAUGCAUUAAACUGAUCAAAAGUAACAGUAAAAACAUUAAAAAAGUCAUAAAAGAUUUCUAUUUCAAAUAAAUGCUGAACUUUACAUUUCAGCUGAAAAUUACAUUUUUAAACAAGAGCUAUUUGAAAUUUUAAUACUAUUUCACAAAUGACUGUUUCUACUGUAUUUUUGAUCAAACACAUGCAGCAUUUUCUAAAAAAACGAAUUAAAGGAAAAUCUCACUGGCCCCACAUUUUUGAAAGGUAAUUUUCUUCUUGAUGUAAUUUGAAACUAAUAUGACUGAAAUUAUACACAUUCUGACCUAUAUGGGUCUUGUUAAUUUGGCGUGCUGGUGAAUAUAAAAAAGAAAAGGUAAUAUUUGUAAUGGAAUUUGAUGUCACAGAUUAUGCUUAUGUUAUAUAUGUGCUGGUCUUCAACACCACCACUGAGUGAGGAAUGCUGCACAUUUAUAAUUUAUAUAAAUUCAAACAUAUUAUAGUACUAUAACAACCAAACAGCUCUCUUUACUCUAUAUGCUAUGCAGUACAGUGAAUAAACUAUAGAUUAUUUUACAUAUCAUGAAUGACUGGUUAAAACGACACUUUUUUUUCUCAUAGAUUGUUAUAGCAUAAGUUCAAUUUUCUAGAUAAGCUGCUACUUAUUUUUAAGAGUAUUGGACCAGACUAUCGAUUCUACCACUUAAAGCAAUGUUAUCUUAUCUCUAAGUGUAAUGGAGUUUCAGUGUUAAAAGAAGAAAGGUGCCUUGUGACAGCCGUCUGUUUUUGGCCUGGGAAGAAGCUCCAGUUUGCGAGUACUUUGUGAUGUACUUUGACCCAACAGGCAACACGGCCCCUCUGGGUCAUCUGUGUCAACCCAGAGGAUGUGAACGGGGCAUACUAGAGGUUUAGAUGUAAACUGUGGAGCUAUUACCAUCAUCUGUCUGCAGUGUCAGUUUAGAAAGUGUUUAUUUGGACAAAAGUACUCUCAGUUUUAUAUUGGUUUGAACAAAUAAAUGUGUUUUUUAUUUG